AUGGCUUUAACCGGGUGUUCUUGCGGCGGAGGCGUCUUGGCGACGGCGCUGGUGGCACUGUUGCUGUUGCCCGCCCACUACUACGUGCCAGAGCUCGAGGAGACGACAGGUAUAGCGUCACCAGAACGAGACUCGUGGCUAAACUUUGACUGUCCUCCCUUUGAUGUGCUCCUUGCGACGCUCUUGGCUGUUUGGGCUACCGUCGUGUACCUCUGCGACUGGAUACAGCGGAAGUUAAUGGAGAGGCGGAUACUGAAGGUGAAUGAACACUUGCGCGAGUGUGGGGAUCGCUUACGGCUGUGGGACGAGCGACAGGAACGAGUGGAGGCGACGCUCCGGCUCGUGCAGAGCGCGACCGGCGAGUAUAACCUGCUUGCGUGGCUGCUGCUGCGACGAAGGCGGCUGCUGCCCGCGGCGUCGCCUGUCUGCUUUUUCGACAAAGACCUCGACGAUAUCGAUGCCGAACCGACACAUGACGUCUAA